CGGCCGUCGAGUUGGCAAAAUUGUGUAUGGUUUGCUAGAAAGUAAGAUAAGUUUGCGUAUAUUCUUCGGUAAUGCAUAUAGAAACACGCUGAUUGGAAUUGUGGGCCAUUAUUCUAUACUGAAUUUUUAAAAAUGGCUUGGUUUGGGGAUAACUUUCGCGAUAAUUUCAAAAAUAUAACAGGCCAACUAUCAGACUAUGCGAAAGAUGUACUGACGGAGGGCACAGAGGAAGUGAGUGAUCACACAACAGAAUUGAGAAUGGCACAUCGUAAGACGUAUGACCUAGAAGCUCAGGUUAUUGCUCACAAAACAGAGGUGGACAGGUUGAAAUCAAUCAUUGGUGAAUUGGAAGAGAAAUCUGAAUCAUCUGAGCUACAAAUAAAUACCAUGUCUACACAGUAUCGAGAAAUGUUACUGGAAAAAGAAAAUGAAAUCAAACAAUUGAAGCAGAAACAUCAUGCAAUGCAAGAUUUCCAUGAUACUAUGCUGAAUGCUACAUCUUUAAACACAAGUACAUCAACCUCAAUGUUGACACCCUCAAAUGUCGGUGUUGAUGACGAAGACUUCCAAGACGUUAUAUCUUCCCAAUACCAAAUUAAUAAGUUAUCUCAUCAAUUACAAAGAGUACAAGUAGAAUGCGAACACUGGAAACAACUCUCAAAUUCUCAAACAACGCAGCAGACAACUUUCCAGAUGGGUGGUACAGAUAUCAGUCUCAACAGUGAUGAAAUAACUAUGUUAAAAAGUCAAGUUAAGGAUUUGGAAAAAAGGCUUGCAAAUGAGAUUGAUGAACAUCAACAUGAACUAACCACAUUACAGGAUGUGCACUCCCAGAAAAUGUCUAUGGCAACCAAGAGACAUAAACAGGACUUGGAGGAUUACCAGAUGCGAAUAGAAGAACUUGAAAGUCAAUUGUAUUCUGGUGAUGAAGUAAGUGAACCAAAUGAUAGUCCCAGGAGAAAUUUUGAAGAAUUACGCAAACUGAGAUCAAAGAAGAAUGAAUUGGAAAAUGUUGUAGAACAAGUAGAAAGGAGAGUAUCCCAGCUGGAAAGUAUAAAUCAACAGCUGAAAAAAGAACUGAAGGCAUCCCAAAAUGGUGUCAAAGAGAAAGAAGCGUGUUUAGUGGAUGUCCAGCAGCAGAUAAAGGAUUUGAAAGAACAAUAUAAUGCAGUGUUGGAAGAUGGUCAAAACUUGGAACAAGAUAAACAGAAAUUAAUGAAAGAAUUCCAAAACCUGCUUGAGGAACACAAGACAUUAACCCAUCAGUUGGAGGAAAAUAACAAAACUUUGCAAGAGCAGAACGAGGAGCUUAAUCAGCUGAGAAAUACUGAUGUAACAGCACUACAACAGCAGCUGGAAGAAACACAAGCUGAACUGAAACAAGUAAAGGAAGAAAAAGAUAAGGUUUCUGGAAAUAAAACUGCUGUUGCAUCACUGGAAGCUGCCAAUGCACAAGUCAGGGACCAAACAGUUGAUAUUGUAACCAACAUCGGCAGUAGUGAACACCAGGAAAUUACCGGUGAAAUCAUGAAGUCCUUGGAAGAUGAGAAUGAACUCCUGAAAGUGCAAAUUAAAAAGUUAGAGUCUUUUAUAGAAGAGCUGGAAAAUUCUAAUGCUGUAUACCUGGAUGAGAAAAAAACUCUGGAAGAUGCAAUAUCUAUGUUGAAUAAACAAUUAGAAAGUAGGGCAUCAUCUGAAUUAUCUGAUAGAACUCUGGAAUAUUCUGCUGACAGUGAAACAGAAAGUAUGGCAAAAGCUGCUGAUUUGGAAAACAGUAGUACACAAACUGAUGAUUCAUAUAUAGAAACAAAUCAAGGAAUAAAUCAAUACUUCCCACCGGCUAGUAAUAGUACUCAGGGAUAUGGAGAUUCUGAACUCUCCAGUUCAGAUGAAAAAACUAUGCAUAGUACAGGAUAUAUUGAUAGUUCAAGUGUGGCUAGUUUUGAUGGGGAGUUUGAUGACUCUGCAAUAUUUUCUGAAAUGAAGAUGAAACACCCGCAUGCUGCUGAAGCUAUUAAAUCACAGCUAGAACAUUUUGAAAUAAUCAAAGCUGACUUUGAGAUGGAAAAACAAGCACUUGAGGAAGUGGUUGUCAAACUGAGAACUCAACUCAAGGACAAGGAAAGGAUUAUUCAAAAUAUGACAGCUAAGAAGGCAUUAAAGAAAAUGGAAAGUCAGAAAAUGGAGGAGAUUAAUCAAUCUCUGGUGAAUGACUUACAAAUUGAGUUGGAAAAGCUUCAACAAAAAAUAGCAGAAUAUGAAGAUUGCAAGCAAGAAUUAAUAUCUGAAAAGAAUGAAAUUAAGGCACAGCUUAGAGAAACUUCAGCCAAAUAUGAAAUCAAUGAAAAGUCCUAUAAUGACCUUAUGGGGGAAAAGAACAGAUUGUUAGAGAAAUACAAAGAAUUGGAAAGCAACUAUCAGGAAGUGUUGGGAAAGAUGACUGAUAUGGAAGGAAUAAAACAGAGUCUGGUAGAAAGCGAAACAGAUAAAGAUAGAAUAUCUCAAGAGUUGGAUUUAUUAAAUGAGAAGUUGAGUACUGAGACACUAGCGGUGUGUGAAUUAAGUGAAGAGAAAACAGUGUUGCAAGAUAAGUUAAUGAGAUUAGAAGUUGAACUUGAAAAUAUCGGGAAAUUGGAAGCUCCCCAGCAUGAAAUUACAUCACUGAAAGAAGAAUUGGCAGCCGCAAAGAAAGAAAUAAGUUCACAUAAUAAGACGAAGGAUAAGUUUACUGCCCAGUUCUUGGAACUACGUAAAAAUCUGGAGGACAGUUCAGCGGCAAAUGAUGACAAGGAUGAACAGCUGAAUGAUCUUAAUGAUCAGCUGGAAGCCAUGGAGACAAGAGCUAUGCAUUUGGUACAUGAAACAGAGAGGAUGAAGGAACGAGAACAAAACAUCAUUGAACAGUUCACACAACAAAUUAAAGAUACAGAAGAAACUGUAGAAGAAAUGCAACAACAGAUGGUCAAAUGUCAGAAAGAGAAUGAUUUUCUAACAGCUGAGUUACAGCUUAGUAAUGGCCGACUGCUGAAACAAGCUGCGGAAUACGAGUCCAUGAUAAAUGAACUUCGAUCACAGGAAGAACAGGAAGCAAGAGAUAAGGCUGCACUGCAGAAAGCUGAGAUAAAAGGAAAUCAACUGAAAAGUGAAGAUGACUCCUCAAAUACUGCAAAUGAUACCUCACAGAAUGAUAUUAAAAAUGAACUGGAGGACGAGGAAGAGUCAUCAACCGAUGACAGCGAGUUGACAGAGCUGAAAACAAGGUGUGCUGAGCUGGAGUAUGAUGCAAAGGAAACUAAAGAGAUUCUGACAAAAACAUUGGAGAAUCAACAGCAGAUGACUGAAAUGUUGAAGGAUAAAGAAAAUGACAUUAAGUUACUCGCUGGGGAAAAUUCAUUCUAUCAAGGUAAAUUGGAAGAUGGAAAACAAAAAAUACAUCUUCUUGAACAAGAAAUUGUCAAGUUGUCAGCCGCCCAGGAAGAAUUACUGCAGUUAAAAGAAAAAUAUUCUGAGCUAGAGAUUGAUUUGAAACAGAUGAGUGAACUUGAGCAAGAAAUUGUUAGGUUGAAAGCUGUUGAGGAGGAGUUACACCAGAUGAAGGAAAAACAUUCUAUGCUGGAUAGUGAGGUAAAACAGAUGAAAGCACUACAACAACAGGUUGACAAAUUGAAAGCCACUGAAGAGGAAUUGCAUCAGCUGAAAGAAAAACAUUCCAAGCUGGAAGUAGAAUUCAAUGAGAUGAAAGAAAAAGAAUCCCCUGAAACCAAAACUUUACAAAUCAUAACCAAUUUAGAAUCUGAGAUCGGUAAACUGAAAAUGGAAGUAAAAAAGACAAAAAAAGACAUUCAAACCAAGGAAGAAUUGAUUACUGAUCUCAAGAAAAGAAUUUCUGAACAAGACAUUGACUUUGAAAAAAUCAGUGAAAAGAAUAGGCAGCAAACACAUCAGAUACAAGACUGUAACAACAAGUUAGCUCAGCAAGAAAAUAUGAUUACAGCAUUGAAUGAGAAAUCUUGCGAAAAUGGUGAAAUUCAGAAUUCAGAAGAAAAUGGUAUUGAGGAGUCUAAGCAUCAUCAUAGUAAGCCACAUAUCGGUUCUCUGGUCAAUGACGGCCCACAAAUCAAGCAGAGGUAUGAAGAGGCAAUCCAAGAAAAGUUAAAUGAGAUUAAAAUGUUGAAAGAAGAUAACAUUGCCUUAUCUAAGUUGUUGGAAGAUAACAGAGCCUAUUCUGAUGGUGAAUCUGUGGAAAGUGAGUAUGAUAUUUCAAGACUGGAAGUCAAGGUGAAUAAACUUGAAGAUGAAAGAAACCAAAUGAUGUCUGUGUUGAAUGAGAAAACAAGAGAAUGCAGUAAUUUGAAAAAUGAAGUUCAUCGCUUGAUGAAAGUUGCUUCUGAAGGACGCAUCGCUCUGCAAAAACUGCAACAAGACAAUGCUGUGCUGAAUAAAAGUCUAGAAGGUCCCAAUAACGAUAUGCACAAGGAAGCUCUUCAAAACCUAGCAAGAAUUGUACAGGACAAAGAUUUAGAACUUGAAGCCAUGACACAAAAAAUGGAGUCACUGCAGAUGGUGUUGCAACAAAUGCAACCGGGUGACACUGCUGAGAUAGAUAAACUUCUUCACACCAACUCACAACUGCAAAAACAGAAUUCCACUUUGCAGAGUGAUAGAGAACAGUUGAUAGUUAGUCUUACCCAGAAACAUCAAGAGAGUGUGGGAUAUUAUGAAGAAGUUCAACGAUUGAUGGAAGUCAUUGCAACUCAAAAACAACAACAGGUUGAGGAGAAAGAGCAAGAUGAGAUAGAUGGGGAUAACGUAAAGGUUUUGGAAGACAAGUAUAAAAAUUUACAUGAUCAGUAUGAGCAACUGAGUAAUGAGUAUCAGGAUGGACAACUAAGGCAGCAAGAGUUACAGGAUAAGUAUGACAACCUGUUGCAGUCCAUGAACGAUAAGGAACAUAGCCUUGAGGAGGUCAAAACAAAACUACUGCACAUGCAGAAUGAUUUAGCCCAAUUGGAACUGACCAGGGAGGAACUGCUCAGCAAAGUGAAUAACGCAGAACUUGAACAGUCUUCUGUAGAACAUUUACAACUUCUGAACAAAGAAAAAGAGACUGAGAUUGCACAUCUACAAAAUGAAAAUGAAAGACUUAAGAUGCAGGUUGAUGCUGCAUUAAAUGUGGAGCGUGAAUCUUUGCAGGGUGCAUCAUCAGGGCCCUCAGAGGUGGAAAGUAGAUUGCUAGAAGCCAAGGAAACUGAACUUGUGUCACUUAAAAAACAAUUAACAUAUCAAGCUAAAAACAUGCUAGAUAAAGAUGAACUUGUCAAGAAAUUUACACAAGAAAAUGUUUCAUUGAAACAAACUAUAGCACAAAAUACUAAAAACUUACAAGAAAAUGUUAGAACAAUAACAACAAAAACUGAUGAGUUAGCAGGGAAAGAAGAAUUGAUAAGGACGAGAAGUGAUGAACUUUGUUCUUUGAAACAGAAAUGUGAUUUGCAAAAUAAAAAAAUCCAAGAGCAGGAUCAGAAGAUUAAAUUUCAAAAUGACGAAAUACAUGUUUUGAAAGAACAGAUUGCUCAAGUGGAGGCUGACAAAAUAAAUGUGGAACAAACUGUCAGGCAAAACCAUCAGGAAAUAACCAAAUUUAGACACCAAGUAGACAUUCAAAAUAAACAGCUUCAAGAAAAAGACAAUCUUUUAAGAAAUAAAAUAGAUGAAUUGAGGCAAUGUACAGAGCAGUUAAGAGUCAAAGAGGGAGAAUAUACAACAUUGUUGCAUCAAACGGAGACUUUAUCUCACAGGUUAAAGGCAUACAAUGAAGAAAUAAAUACACUUAAACAAGAAAGGACAAACCAAGGCAAAUUUGAAAAUCAAAGAUUGUUGGAAACACAAAAACUACAAGAAACCAUCAGCAGAAUGUCUUCUGUUUUACAAGAGAAGGAUUUUGAAAUUGGUGCUUUGCGAGAAAAAUCACAGACAUUGACUAGAUUAGUGCAAGAAAGGGAGCAAGGAAGUCUAGGUGAAAUACAGACUGUCCGACAUGAAUCUGAGGUCAUGCAGCAACAAGCUUUAAUGUUCCAGCAGGAAAGAGAUCACGCUAUCAUGGCGUAUAAUCAACAGCAAUCUAAUUUUAGUGUAAUUCAACAAGAGCUAAUUUCUGUUCAAGAAAAGGAACAGAGGGCAAGGAAAGAGUUGGAUAGACUAAGGCAGCAUUUGUUACAAAUUGAAGAAAGCUACACCAAAGAAGCACUUCUGGCUGAAGACCGAGAGAAAGAACUUCGAACUAAAUUAGCUGAAGCUGAAGAUAAAGUAUAUUCAAGUGCUGUGCAGAGUGCAAGUCAGGAAGUCAGCAAACAAGUUGAAAGUCUGCAAGAAGAACUUCAUGCCAUUGCUUCACAGAGAGAUCAGGCUGUCAUGCAGCUAGCUGCAGCACAAGAACAAACGCAGCAAUAUGCGGCAUCUUUGAACAAUCUGCAAAUGGUUUUGGAGCAGUUUCAACAAGAGAGGGAGUCUGUUUACUCAGCUGAAAUGGAAAAAUACCAUCGUAUUGCAAGGGAACAUAUGGAGAAAUCAGAGAGGCUAGAAAAACAGAACGCUGACCUACAGACACGAAUGACAGCUGCUACUGAGGCUUUAGACAGUGCGUCUAGAUUAACAGAUCAACUUGACAGGAAAGAUGCCAUGAUACAAAGGCUCAAACAAGAAGUGAAUAUGAAAGAAGAAGAAUUGCAUGACAUUCAAUCCAGAGUUGCCAGACUGAUGGGGAAUGGUGAUAGUAAAGUUGACAAGUCCUUGGUUAAGAAUUUGUUUGUAGGGUAUUUCAGUACACCAAAGGGAAAACAAGGAGAAGUACUUCGACUGAUAAGUCGGGUGUUGAAUUUCACACAAAAUGAGAUGGAGAAGGUUGGAUUGUCCAGUGGUGAAGGUAGUUGGUUAACUGGUUGGUUUAGGAAAGCAUCCCCCUCACCGCCAUCAUCACCAAAUAGAUCUAAUGCUGCUGACGAGUCAUUCACCAAAUCAUUUGUUAGCUUCCUGCAGUUUGAGUCAACACCAACAGCGCAGGUGAAAUUACCACUCAAAGAGAUGAUGCAAGAAAGGUCUUCAAGACCAGCUUUUAAUCCAUUCACCGUUCCUCCAUUGUCGCCAUCCUCUCCAAAGCCAAAAGGAGACAUGUCUCAUAUAUUAAUGAAACCUGUCACAGCUUCCUUACCUGCAUUUACACCUAUGCCGAUAAUGGAGAAAGAUACUGAGCAGUCUGCAGCGACAUCAAGUGGCAAUGCAUUGAAAGAAAUAUUACAACAAUAGCUGACAUUACAGUAGUUUAAUACUAGAAUGCACAACAUGUAUAUAAGUCGGGAUGUACAUAUAGAAUUUGACUAAUCUAUAAAUUAUUGAGCAAAUUAAAUGAAGAAGAUCCUGAAUUUGAAAUAACGAUUUGAGUGUAUGAG